AUGAGCUUGUUUGAGGUCACCGGCCUCAUCGGCGCUAUCCCAGGCGUCAUAACGCUUGUUACUGAAUCCAUCACGCUCAUUCACAGAUGUGGUAGUGGCAAGAAACUCUCCAGUGUGGUCAAGGGAGCUCAUCUGCAGCUGGUGGCCAUCAAAGAUCUAUUGAUCGCUCUUGACGCCCGGUGCAGGGAUCCAAAGAAGAUUCACUGGCUUCUUGGUGAUGUCCGAAACAUUCAACAAGCUGUCAAGGAACUAGGCGAGGAGCUUGAAGAUCUAGCGAAGCUUCUCAAUUCAGUCGCCUUGGCAUGCACCAAGGGAGAGGGUAGAUUUGUUAGACGAGCUCAAUUGCUCCUUUCGGGCUACGAAGGUCAAUUCAAGGAGCAGUUCCAGCGAAUUGAGGCUAUCAAAUCGCUUCUUACUCUCAUCCUCACCAAUGGAAUCAAUCUUACCAUUGAUCAAGCCGUGCAAUCAUGA